AUGGAGGAAGGAACCGACUACAAUCUUCGGGCACGAUGUGAGUACAGAUCUCAAUCUGAUAUCUAUAACGUAGCAAGGCUUCGUAUUUUACUUGAGAGGGGAGGAAUAUAUGCCGAUCUUGACGUCAUCACUUUGAAACCUUUGGAUGAAUUAAGAAAUUAUCCGGCAACACUUGGAAGAUCUUUAUCGAGUAAGAUAAGUAACGGGUUCAUUUUGGCGCAACCUGGAACUUCGUUUAUUCGGGAUUGGUUGGAACAAUAUCGUAAUUAUGAGGAGGGUGGGAAACCUUAUGCUUACUGGGGGGUUAACAUCCCGAUGCAGUUGUAUGUGAGCAGAAGAGGUGCUCAUCUGGAGGACACGAAUAUAAACAGACCGAAUCCCUGGGCGGAUGGUUUUGAUUCAACAUCCACAGCUCAUUAUGACAUCACUGAUAACUUUGUUCUUCAUUUGCAUCCGGAUGGAUUUGUGGGAGGUGAAUGGGAUGUUGGGAUCACGGAGUGGGAUGAGUGGAGGUUGCGGAGGUUGGACUCCGUGUAUGGGAGCGCAGCGAGAAUCGCGAUGUUCGGAUCUCAGCAGCUCGUCUUCUUUCCAGGUGAAGAAACUUUUGGAAUGUCACCAAAACAGAGAGUUCGGUCUUUUCCAAGCAUAGAUGGGGAGUAA